AUCCAAGGCUCUUUGCAUGUGGAAAUUUUUCGAAUUUCUUUGCGUGAGAAAAAAGUGUUGGUGUGUCUAUAGCGCAGCCCUACCACAUCAACAAUUCGACACCCGAACAAUUCAGAAUUCUUUCUCCCGGCACAUUAACCUCGCUCACUUCCUUCAAGCAAUUCAUUGAAGCUGGGCAUCUCUACUUACAGUUCUUAUAUUUACGACCGGAUGCGUCAUUCUCUUAAGCUCAGUUCAGAGUCCGACAAGUAGCCUCUCCACGGAGGCAAAGUAAACACAACACCACGAAUCAUGUCUGAGCAACCAUCAUCAGUGCCGCCGCACUUGCAAUCGCAGUCGACCAAUUUACGCCAGCGUUCGAUCGAGUCGACAAUUAGCUCCUCGGCCGGCGACGACGAUUCUUCUAGUCAAGUCUCGGAGGAUGGCGCCCAUGGCGACAAAUCGUUGACUGGUGAUAAUGGUGUUGAUGGUCCCGACCUAGAAAAGGCAGAGACGGCGAGAUCGGCAAAGUCAGCGACCGGCAGCGCGGCUGGAAGACGCGUUUCUCGCAUACAGAGCAUUGGGAGACGGGCGCCGCAUGGCUACUUUACGCAUCCGUUGGCAAGCGUAAAGACGGGCGAAGAUGUGAUUGUCGAUUUUGACGGUAUGGCAGAUCCGUACAGACCUAUCAAUUGGCCGGUUCGGAAGAAGAUUAUCACGACGAUGCUUUAUGGAUUUACGACUUUUGGUGCCACAUUCUCCAGCAGUGUAUACUCUCCCGCUCUCGAACAAAUUGCAGAGGAAUUCCAUGUGAGCCGAGAGGUUACUACACUUGGUAUCAGUUUAUUGAUUGCCGGCUUCGGCCUGGGACCCUUGCUCUGGGCACCCUUGUCCGAGGUCUAUGGACGCAAACCGGCGGUGCUGAUUCCAUAUUUCCUGGCCGGCAUCUUUUCCUUUGCUACUGCCACCGCCAAGGAUCUUCAGACCAUCAUGAUUACUCGAUUUUUCGCUGGUGUUUUUGGCUCGGCCCCGAUUACCAAUACCGGAGGUGUCUUGGCAGAUAUAUGGAGCACACAGCAGCGGGGUACUGCGCUCGUGCUAUACGCCUCUGCUGUUGUCGGUGGUCCAACACUCGGUCCUAUCGUCGGUGGAGCCAUUUGCCAGAGCUACUUGCGCUGGAGAUGGACGGAAUAUAUUACCGGCAUCUUUAUGAUGUUCAUGUUGACUUUGGACGUUUUAAUCCUCGACGAAUCAUAUCCAAAUGCGUUGCUUGUGGCCAAGGCUCAACGGCUUCGACACGAGACGGGCAACUGGGCACUUCACGCAAAGCACGAAGAGUGGGAUGUGUCAAUUAAGCAAAUGUCUCAAAAAUUCCUCGUCCGACCUUUUCAGCUUCUCGGAACGCCCAUUUGCUUUCUCAUGGCAGCGUACGCCUCCUUUGUCUACGGCAUCUUGUAUCUCUUCCUUGGUGCAUUCCCUAUUGUGUUCGAAGAGGAGCGCGGCUGGAACCAAGUCGUUGGUGCACUGCCCUUUUUGGCCUUGCUUCUUGGUAUCGUCCUCGCUGGAUGUCUGAAUAUUUUCAAUAAUCGAUUCUACGUGCGCGCUUUUGAAGCCAAUGGCAACCGCGCAGUACCCGAGGCCCGGUUGCCCCCCAUGAUGUUUGGGUCUGUCUUUUUCUCAGCUGGUCUAUUCGUCUUUGGCUGGACCGGAGCCAAAAACAUUCAUUGGAUUGCGCCCUGUAUUGGUGCUGUCCUGAUGGGUUUAGGCUUCUUUACUAUUUUCCAGUCUGCUCUUAAUUACCUCAUCGAUACAUUUCAGCGAUACUCGGCCUCGGCCGUUGGAGCAAACACCUUUUUGCGAAGCUGCACCGCUGCGGCAUUUCCUCUGUUUACUGAAGCCAGUAUGUCCUGAUUCCAAAGAUCCCAAUUGUUCUACUGUUCCAUUUCACUAUUCUAUUUCCCAUUGUCCCUACUGUUCCAUUUUUCCUAUCCCGUUAUCCCACCUUGCGAUUUCUAUCAAACUGGGUACUGACACAUGGGCAGUGUUUCACAAUCUUGGCAUCGGAUGGGCAUCUUCCGUGCUUGGCUUUAUUUCUGUAGCCAUGAUUCCCAUUCCUUAUUUGUAAGUCUCGUUGCAUUUUCUUAUUACCAUUGUUCUUCUCUGUACCAUUGCUCUUCUCAUUGCCAUUCUUCGUCUCGUCAUCAUUGUUUUCUUCUCGUUACCUUAUAACUGUCUCCUCCUUGCGUUU